AUGACUCUCCGGGAUCUCGGAGUGACCGGCUCUGCUGCAAAGGGUCUGGACAAGAACCUCGCUCAUUUAUUUCGGGAGAUGAAAGCUUUCGCUGCUGAUCGAGAUCUUUAUUUGCAUAUGAAUGCUUUGACCAGGGGGAUGUUGGCGAUCUCUUCGGCAGCAGACUUUCCCACUGGGUCAUGGUUUAAAGGGGCUGAUACAACCUUCGUCCUCAAGUUUCUCGUCUUCAAACGACGACUGGUAAAGAUUGUGCGACUUGGGCUGGAGAUGAUUUCUUCGUAUACUCGUUGUGCAGCACUGGCACUCUCGAGAUCGCUGGCUCGCUUCAAGCUCACACCCAAAUAUCACAUGCUGAUGCAUGUUGUGUACCAGUUGAUGCUGGACAGGGAUGCCAAUCGAACACCUUUGAAUCCUUUGGCCUAUUCGUGCCAAAUGCCAGAGGACUUUAUCAACCGCAUCGCUACUCUGGCAAGGAGUGUCAGCCCUCGUUUUGUGCCGGACAGAUCUUUGUACCUUUACAAGGUCGCACUCGCAAAGGCAUGGGCAUGA